AAGGUGAGAGGAAAAUAUCAUCGCCACGUAUACUUCACAAGUAGCGCACAGACCCGAAAAAGAUCUCCUUCUUCUCUCUCUCUCCUCUCAUUUCUAAAAUCUUCCCCAAAAAAAAUCCCCACUUUCUCCAACUUGCUUCAAUUACAUAGAAAAAUCAACAAGAAUCGCAAAACUUCAGCAUAAAUUGACUGCUUCAGAUAUUUAUUUUUUUCUUCUUGAACAGAAUUUAAGGCUGUGAUUCGAACAAUAGGAGUUGAUCCUUGAGUAAAGAUAGUGAUAGAAUUAGAAAGCAGAAGGUUUGGAUUUCGGAGCGUAAAUCGGGUACAGUUGUGAAUAAUUUUUAUUGCUGAAGGAGAAGAUAUAUUGAAUUUAUUCUGAAAGAAGUAACUUUCAACUAAAAAGACGACGAUUUGAUUGUUAUGGAGCGUCCAUCAGAAAGGUGGAUUGAUGGCCUGCAGUUCUCCUCUUUGUUUUGGCCACCCCCACAAGAAACACAACAAAGGAAGGCUCAAACCACGGCUUAUGUUGAGUAUUUUGGACAAUUCAUAUCUGAACAAUUUCCUGAAGACCUUGCUGAGCUGAUUCGGAGUCGUUAUCCGUUUGAUGAAAAACGUCUAUUUGAUGAUGUCCUUGCCACAUUUGUCCUCCACCAUCCAGAGCACGGCCAUGCGGUUGUUCUUCCUAUCAUAUCUAUUAUCAUUGACGGCACACUAGUAUAUGAUAAGGAGAGACCUCCAUUUGCCUCUUUCAUUUCCUUGUUCUGCCCAAACGAUGAGAAUGAGUAUUCCGAGCAGUGGGCACUGGCAUGUGGGGAAAUUCUGCGGAUUUUAACUCAUUACAAUCGCCCGAUCUACAAACACGAGCGCCAAAAAAGUCCAGAAAAUUGCACCAGCUGUAAAGAUUAUGCUACUUGCAGCAAUGCUUCUGAUGCCAAAUCAUCUCAUUCCUCUUCUGUGCAAAGUGAAAGAAGAACAUCAAGGCCUUUGUCCCCUUGGAUCACUGAUAUAUUGCUUGCAGCACCUCUUGGUAUUAAAAGCGAUUACUUUAGAUGGUGUGGUGGUGUUAUGGGAAGGUAUGCCGCUGGAGAACUCAAGCCACCUAUGAUUGCUUCUUCUCGGGGUAAUGGGAAGCAUCCCCAGUUGAUGCCGUCAACUCCACGUUGGGCUGUUGCAAAUGGUGCUGGUGUUAUAUUGAGCGUUUGUGAUGAAGAAGUCGCACGCUAUGAAACUGCUAGCUUAACAGCAGUUGCAGUUCCUGCACUUCUGCUUCCUCCUCCAACAACAUCUUUGGAUGAGCAUCUAGUUGCUGGGUUACCUGCACUUGAACCAUAUGCACGGUUAUUUCAUCGGUACUACGCAAUUGCUACACCAAGUGCCACUCAGAGACUGUUGCUUGGACUUCUUGAAGCACCACCAUCAUGGGCUCCAGAUGCCCUUGAUGCUGCAGUACAGCUUGUGGAACUUCUCCGCGCAGCUGAAGAUUAUGCAACUGGGAUGAGAUUGCCAAGAAACUGGAUGCAUCUGCAUUUUCUGAGAGCUAUUGGCAUCGCAAUGUCUAUGAGAGAAGGUAUUGCUGCUGAUGCUGCAGCAGCACUGUUAUUCCGCAUACUGUCUCAGCCUGCCUUACUUUUUCCACCACUGAGACAAGUUGAGGGAGUUGACGUUCAGCAUGAACCUUUAGGCGGCUAUAUCUCAUGCUACAGAAAGCAGAUAGAAAUGCCGUCUGCCGAAGCUACUAUUGAAGCUACUGCCCAGGGCAUCGCAUCAAUGCUUUGUGCACAUGGUCCAGAGGUGGAAUGGAGAAUUUGUACCAUAUGGGAAGCUGCUUAUGGGUUGAUACCAUUAAGCUCUUCAGCUGUCGAUCUGCCUGAAAUAAUAGUUGCUACGCCAUUGCAGCCUCCACUUCUAUCAUGGAACUUAUAUAUACCUCUCCUUAAAGUACUGGAGUACCUCCCUCGAGGAAGCCCAUCUGAAGCAUGCCUUAUGAAAAUAUUUGUGGCUACUGUCGAAUCAGUUCUACAGAGAACAUUUCCACUUGAGUCUUCUAUGGAAGAAAAUCGAAGAUCGAGAUACAGUUCUGAAGCAGGGGCAGCAUCCAAAAACCUUGCCGUGGCUGAGCUUCGCACCAUGGUUCAUUCAUUGUUCUUGGAAUCGUGCGCUUCUGAAGAGCUUGCUUCCCGAUUGCUAUUCGUGGUGUUAACUGUCUGUGUUAGUCAUGAAGCUCACACAAAUGGGAAACGUUCGAGGGUUGAAGAUAGCUAUUCUGAUCGUGCUGCUAAACACUCCAAAUCAACUCAAUCUAGUCCUUCAAGCUCAACUAAAUCAAAGAAACAAAAAGAAUCAAGAAGUAAGAAGCCAAAGAAACAAGGUCCUGUUGUGGCGUUUGAUUCCUAUGUGCUGGCUGCUGUUUGUGCUCUAGCAUGUGAACUUCAGCUGUUUCCUUUGAUUGCUGGUAUAUCUAAUCCAUCAAGUUCCAAAGAUUCAGUGGAAAUAGCCAAGCCUGUCAAAUUAAAUGGUUCAUCUCAUGAAUUCAAGGAUGGCAUUGAUUCUGCGAUUCGUCAUACUCGGAGAAUUUUGGCAAUAUUGGAAGCAUUAUUUUCGCUGAAACCAUCAACCAUCGGUACAUCAUGGGGAUACAGCUCAAAUGAGAUAGUUGCUGCUGCUAUGGUUGCUGCCCACAUUUCUGAAUUAUUCAGGCGCUCGAAGGCUUGCAUGAAUGCUCUCUCUGUCUUAAUGCGGUGUAAAUGGGAUAAUGAAAUUCACAGCAGAGCGUCAUCAUUGUAUAACCUAAUAGAUAUCCACAGAAAAGCAGUUGCAUCUAUUGCCAACAAGGCAGAACCACUAGAAGCACAUUUAUCCCAGACACCAGUGUGGAGGGAUUCGUCAAUUGUUACAAAUGGAAGAAAACAUAAUGACUUCGCAGGCACUGUUUGUUUUCUACCAGAAGUUCCAUCAACUCUGACAUGUGAAGAUCCUGCGCAUUCAAAAAAUUCACUUAACUGUGGGAAGGCUGUACACACAAAUAAUGAUACUGGAAAUACCGCGGGAAAAAGUGUUGCAAGCUUCCAGUUUGAUGCUUCAGAUUUGGCUCAAUUCCUUACAAUGGACAGGCAUAUAGGAUUUAAUUGCAGUGUACAGAUUUUCCUGCAAUCAGUACUUGAAGAAAAACAAGAGCUUUGCUUCUCAGUUGUUUCACUCCUUUGGCAGAAGUUGAUUGCAUCACCUGAAACGCAGCCUAGUGCAGAAAGUACGUCUGCGCAGCAAGGUUGGAGACAGGUUGUUGAUGCACUAUGCAAUGUUGUAUCUGCAUCACCAGCUAAAGCAGCGGCAGGGAUUGUUCUUCAGGCGGAAAGGGAGUUACAACCCUGGAUUGCCAAAGAUGAUGAUCAAGGCCAGAAAAUGUGGAAGAUUAACCAGCGGAUUGUGAAGUUGAUGGUGGAAUUGAUGAGAAAUUAUGACACCCCAGAAUCAUUAGUCAUUUUGGCAAGUGCUUCAGAUCUUCUUUUGCGUGCGACAGAUGGAAUGCUAGUUGAUGGAGAAGCUUGCACUCUGCCACAGUUGGAGCUGCUAGAAGCAACUGCUAGAGCAGUUCAACCAGUGUUAAAAUGGGGAGAAUCUGGAUUAGCUGUUGCCGAUGGCCUCUCCAAUCUCUUAAAGUGCCGGUUACCAGCUACUAUUACAUGCCUCUCUCAUCCAAGUGCACAUGUCCGUGCUCUAAGCACCUCUGUUCUCCGAGACAUACAGCAGAAUGGAUCAAUAAAAUUCAGUUUUAAACAAGAAAGUAGAAAUGGCACCCACAAAACAGCUUUCGAAUACUUGCAUAUAGGCAUCAUUGACUGGCACACAGAUAUUGAAAAGUGUUUGACUUGGGAAGCUCAUAGUAGACUUACAAGAGGAAAGACUAUCGAGUAUCUUGAUAUGGCAGCCAAGGAAUUAGGGUGUGCAAUAACCAUCUGACAUCCUUUUCACUUAUAUUCCGAGUUCCUUAGUUGUUAUCGCUUUGUUAACACUGAGGGAAAUUAAUCCUGACAGCCAUAUUAGGCAAUUGAUUCUUAGGAGGUGGAUAGGUCAAUGUAAACCUUGUUAUUAUAUGUGGUCCGAGGUGCUAAUAUCCAAGUAUGGUGAGACAGGGAAUGCCAUAUUGAGGUAACCAGAAACAAGGUUUAGGUAAUCAUAGUCCCAACCAAUACCCUGUUUCGUACGGGGAUCAUUUGGCUGUAGAUGGAAGACAUCUUCAACAGUCGUGAGCCGGAUUGCAUAGUUUUUUUCUUCAGUCCUCGUGUCUCACUUCAUCAGUUCAUUGUAAAAUAUGGCUAUGAAAAGAUAAUCCCAGAACCAUUUGUGGCAGGGUAUAAUUGGCAAGUAGUUGUAUAAAAUACAGUUGAUAUGAUGUUCUGACUAUAGUUUUUUUUUUGGUUAGUAGCACAUGAAUAUUCUGUAUGGAGUUGAAUUGGGGGGCACCAAACAAUUCGAUCUGUAUCAUAUUUUAUUUGCACAUUCAAUUUUAUUUCAAUACAUAAUCCUAGCCCUUAAUACUGU